AUGUUUUGACAAAUGCUUCCUCUUCUUUGUCCGGUGUUAGUGUUUGUGUUUACAGUUUUGGUUUUUUGCAAGUCAAGUCCACAAGCAGUAAGAGUCAACCAAAAUGGAAUCUAAAGUUACUGUCCUAACACCCAAUGGAAGAAGACAAAUUGUUAGGAUCUCACCAAAUAUGACACUCCUUCAAAUCCUAGAGGAUGUGUGUGCAAAACAUAACUUGUGUAGUGAUGAUUUCACUUUAAAACAUCACAACAAGGAGGUCUCACUGGCCCAGACAUUUCGGUUCAGUGGCUUGCCCAACAACUGUCUCCUAGAAAUGUCGGAGGCAGAUAAAAAACGUACUGUUGCCAAUGUUGAUAUAUGUAUACAAUUGGAAGAUGGUACCAGGAAACAAGCUCAAUUUAAAUCUACGGCAAAUUUAUGGACGGUUUUGGAGCAAUUAGCUGGCGAUGAGUUGGCGAAAUAUGAAAGUCCAGUUGUAAUGUAUAUGCGUCAGGAUGUCAUGGGUAAAGAUAAAUUGGAAACGACAACAUUAAAGUCUUUGGGCAUUUUGGAAGGACGAGCAUUGUUGCGUUUAGCUAACAAGAAAGUGGAGGAAUUAAAAACUCAAGCUAUGGUUUAUACACCUCCGGCACCUAAAGAUGAAACCAAAAAGGAUGAAAAUGAUAAUGUUAAACCCAAAACGUCCAAAUCUGCUGGCGGAGGAGGUGGUGGUUUUGCCAUUACCAAAGAUCUGGUGAAGUCCUUGAAAAAAGCAGCAGAAGAACCAAAGACAGAAACAAAAAGCAACGAUGAAGAAGAAUCGACAGAAGCGACAAACAAGGAAAGUGAACCGAAAGAAAUUAUAAAACCCAAAUAUGAUUGGGGUGAUGCCCCUGGUAGAUCGAUGCAGGCAUCUAAAAACUCAAAGGAGCAAGAAAAUACGGUGGAAGAAAUGGAACCAGAAAUUGAACCCGAGUAUAAUAUUAUUGGCGAACGCAAUGCUAUUCUCUACAAUCUAAAUGCAGUACAAAGUCAAAUUGAAGAAUUACCCGAUUCAUUUUAUGACCUAACUGUAAAUGACUUAAAAAUGGUUUUGCGCGAUUUGCGUAAAAUAGCGACAGGUGAUGAGGAUGCCCCUUUGCUAACGGAAAAAUUACGAGAAAUCGAAAAUAACAACACAAUGUUGAGAAAAAUUUCGCAGUUUAAAAAUUGCGCCAUACGCAUACAAUUUCCAGAUCGCCAUGUACUGCAGGGCAUGUUUAAGCCCAUUGAUAAAAUUUCCGAUGUUCUUGAGUUUACAAAGAAAUUCCUUAUUAAAUCAGAACAACCCUGUUAUCUGUAUACCAUACCACCAAAAACAAUUUUGGAUUUGGAUAAGACAUUGUUGGAAUUGGAUUUUGUACCCAAUGCUUUGGUGCAUUUCUCAACGGAAGAUGAAAACAAUGAUAUGCCACUUAUUAAAGAGAACUUUAUGAAACAGUUGACAAGCCCUGAAGGUGCUUUGUUUGCAGCAAAUAAAUUUAGAAAACAAAAUCAAAUGAAUAAAACCGAAGAAGCGACAAAAUGCGAAAGACCCCAGUUAAGUCCAUCCACGGGAGCCAUACCAAAACGACCACGUAAUGAGUUAAUGGAAUUGGACUGAUUCUUGUUGGAAAUAUUUUUCAAAUUACUUUAAAAUUAAAUUUAUUAAACUCGAGUCUUUUCUCAUUGUUUCCAGUUUUUUUACAUUCGAAGAAACCAAUUCUUUUUAUUUUAAGAAAAUCCAUAAAUUUAUUGAAAUAAAACUACCAAUGAGCAUUGGACAAUAUUCGAUUUUAUUAAUAUAUAUGUAUGUUUGUAUGUACAUAGAUUUUUUAAUAUAAAGCGUUGGCAUUCGAUAGGCAUUUAAUCUUUUAAUUUGUAAAUGUUAAUAAUACUAAUAUGUUAUGUAUAAAUGAGUUUUUUUUUUACUUAUAUAAUUGUGUACCUAAACAAUGGACAAGUAUUUAAACAAAACAGAGGCACUUUUUUAAUUGAAA